GCAUGCUGACAGCAGAGAGAGACAGACAAGCUUUCAGCUCACUAUAUGGCUGUGACUGGAGAUGAGACAGAAUCAGCCACCACUGGAGGUAUGUCUGCAUAUCAGAUUUCCUCUCCCGUAUCUGGCCUUUCCCAGGUGAUGGACGGCUCUCCCGGUUCUCUGCCCAGCCCUCAGCAGCUGACUGAGGAAGCAUCACGCAAGAGGGAACUCCGACUUAUGAAAAACAGGGAAGCUGCCCGGGAAUGUCGCCGGAAGAAGAAAGAAUAUGUCAAAUGUCUCGAGAACCGAGUUGCCGUGCUUGAAAAACAAAACAAGACGCUUAUUGAAGAACUCAAGGCUCUUAAAGACCUAUACUGUCACAAAACCGAAUAACAACAGUCCACUGCAAAUCAAAACACGAAAGACUAUACCGUUUAUAGAGCAAACGUGCUUUUCACGUAAUGUCUAGCCACCUCGUAAUAAUCAGAAAAGGUGCAUGGUCUGUGACGUCCCAUGUGCGAAAGGUGGUGAUGUGUGCAUGUGUGUACGCUGGAGGCCCAAGUGCUCCAGAGCCAGUCAAUGUGGUGUGUUGCCCGUGUUGCUUGUGCUUUUUGCAGGACGGCGGCCAAAGAGUACAGACGCAGGAAGAAGGACUAUGUGCGGAGCUUAGAGAUGCGCAUGGCCAUCAUUGAA